AUGGUUUUUCUAGGUAUUUCAUUUCGUCAAAAAGCUAUUUUCAUGAAUACAAAAAAUCCUGAAUUAGAAGUCCGUUUCUUCUGUUUAAAUAUGUGUGGUCGAAGCUAUAAGAAUAAACAGCAUUUGACCCGCCACAUGACCAAUGAAUGUGGUGUACAACCAAAGUUUCAAUGUAAAUACUGCAAGAAAUGUUUCACACGAAAACAGACAUUAAAAAUACAUUUUGUAUCUGUGCAUAAACGUUCACCAGAUGAAAUCCAAGGAAACCCUUGUCACCGUUUAAAUUGGACCACGGAUAAGUGA